AUGCAUUGUAAUUUAUGGCGACUACUUUUCCGAAGCGAUAUUAUAAUCACAAGGAGGUUGACCGUACUCGGAAUCGAGAGCAGCUGUGACGAUACUGCAGUCGCACUGGUACGUGAUAACAAGUCAGUACUAUCGUCGAGCCGAUUCGCUGAUCGAGAAACACAACGACGACUGGGUGGGAUUUCUCCAAGGGAAGUCGCUUUGCAGCAUAAGGAGCAUCUUCCACGUCUUUUGAAUGAGUGUUUGGAUGAAGCUGGAAUGAGCGUUUCGGAUGUCGACGCGAUCGCUGUAACAACCAGACCCGGGUUGGUCAUUGCUCUCAAAGAAGGCAUACAACUAGGACUAGCACUCUCAAGGUGA